UUUUUUUUCAACCUCAGAGAACUGGCAAUGUGUGCCUUUCCAAAGUCUCUGUGUUUGUAUGCAUGAAGUUAUUUCCGUCAUUCUUGAUCCUAUGCAGGAAUUCACUGCCGUGUGGGUGAGGGAUCCUCGUAUCCAGAAGGAGGAUUUCUGGCAUGCCUAUAUGGAUUAUGAAAUCUGUUUACACACAAACAGUUUGGCCUUCACUAAGAAGAGUUCUUGUGUGCGGCGGAGGUACAGUGAGUUUGUGUGGCUAAGAAAAAAGCUACAGGAAAAUGCCAUGCUCAUAACGCAUCUACCCAAACUUCCUCCAAAGAACCCCUUCUUUAGCCUCAACAAUGCCAGAGAAAUUGGUGCCCGAAUGGAGGGGCUAAGGAAAUUUCUAGAAGUGGUCGUACACAGCCCAGUGCUGCUGUCAGACAGUUGCUUACACCUGUUUCUACAAUCUCAACUGAGUGUGAAAAAAAUGGAGGCCUGUGCCGAGGGUAGGAGCCGCUACACUGUUUCUGAAGCCAUCCGCAAUUUUAGCUUAGGAAUCAAACGCUUUGUUUCUGACACUGAAGAGCAUUUAGAGGAGUAAGAAGAUGCAAACUGUGACUUAGAGUUAUAGACUUACAUGUGUAGUUGAAUAGUUUUUAAAUAUAAACAUUUAGCCAACUUAGGUAGGCCACCAAAUUCAAAAAAGGCAAUGCUGAAGAUUAUAUUCAACACUGAAGAUUCCUGCCAGCUUGAAGAGGAGCAACAAACACGUCUGUAUAACCUGUAUAGCCUAAUAAAAUAUUACAUUAUUUAAAGA